AUAAAAACACAGAAAGAGAGAGAGCGAACUUAAGGAAAAGAAGUGUCUGUAACGUUAGCCAGAAAUGUCUUUUAAGAGAGAGGGUGAUGAUCAAAGUCAAUUGAAUUUACUAAAGAAACGACGUGUUGCAGAUCUUUUGUCUAAUUUCAUCCCGGAUGACGAAGCUGCUCUUAUUAAAAAUGGAAGAUACACGUGCCUUGUGUGUUCCCAUCGUCCUGUGUUUGACACUGUCGGUGUGCUCAUGGUACACAGGAAAGGAAAGCGGCAUCUUGAAGGUAUGAAAUGGUAUUACGGCAAGAAGAAUGAAAUGCAACGAGAAGUAGAUAAAAGAAGGCAUCGAGAAUAUGUCAACGUAGAAAGUGAACGGCAGGAACCCUCCAGCUCAGCUCCUUUACUGACCCAAACACGACAAAUUACCCAUCACGCAUUACUCAGAACUACUCCAUACAGUAGUUGUCACAGGAAGGCCAGUGAGCGAUCUGAAUCCCCAAAAUGUGGCCAAGAGUAUAGAAAUGACCAAGGCAGCAACAUCACCUUACCAAGUAAUCAGGAACCUGCUGCUGUGAGGAAAGCACAAGCUGGCACCAUCUCAGCCACCAGCACAACAGUGCAUCAAGACCUGCUUGAAGAAAGCAGAAAGGAAGAGAGAGGAAAGGUAAAGAGAAACAGAUCCAGCACUGUUGAGUGUGAGCCUCCAUCAGAGCAGAGACGCAGAGAACUAGAACACUACCUCAAAUUAAAGAGUUCAGGGUGGCUGCAGGACAAAAGUGGAAAAUGGGUAAAAGACAAAAACGUUGAGUUUGAUUCUGAUGAAGAUGAACCUGGUGCAUUUCCUUGCAAUGACUCUUCUGCUAAAACAGCCGAAUGUCAGGAUUGAAGAUACCAUUCAACGACUUACAAAUAAGCUUCAGGCUACAUUUAUUGUCUUGAUGGUCACAGCUCUCAUGUGAUAUCUUUUACGUUUAGGCCUCUGUUACCUAUUUUAAAAUACAAUUUGCAAUAUUUGCAGUAUUUAUUUGCAGUAUUUAUUAGUACUGUACUUGCUAUUUCCUAUGACCUUUCCGAAGGUCAGAUAUAGUUUGCUGAAUCUCGCGUGGUAUAUAUUUUUUUACAAAUAUACUUAUGAUUUUGGUUGCAUGGUUUCAAUUUUAGGACAGAAUAUAGAACGGCUCCAUUCUGUGCUUCCUUUGUCAAAUGCUGUCAGCACAAGCUUGGCAUAGUGUGACUCUGUGGUCCAGCUCUACCUUAGAAGUGUGACGUUUUGUCAGCCACAGAAAUGACAGGAACCCACCCCCAAAACUCCUGAGAACUUCGGAAAAGCUUAUACAGGCCUUUUUUUUCAAAAUCGAGGUUAAUUGGCGACUCCUGAAAAUUUUGAUAGGUGUGCCACUAUUCCAAAGAGUAGCAUAAAUCUCAAGCCCUUCCCCCCUUCCAGGAAGUGGGUUUAUUUGGAGCUUCGUAACUCAAACCCAUGAGACUGUAUUUCAUGACCGAGCGACGUGUGUAUAAAUAGGUCAGGAUGCACAACCAUGGGGUUUCAAAUCGUUCCACUUGUGUUUUGCAUAAAGGUUUGGUCAUAACAGGAUAAUCAAAUAAUAAAAGUUAUGACAUUUAGUGCUGUAAUUUUAUCUCAAUCUUUCAUUAAAAUACAUAAACUCAGUAACUGUUAAAUUAUAUAUCUAUAUACUACUGUAACUAUAGAUAUAGAUUUCUUGGCCACAUUAGUGCAUACUCGGUUAAUAUCAGUGCUUUGUACAAUAGCAGUUUAAACAUUGUUUAAUUUAUUAAAACUUUAAAGUCUGAACAAUAUAGAAUGUAACAUUUUAUUCAAAAUAUUUACAAAGUUUUAGUUGGAAGCACCAUAUAAGAAUGCAUGAAUGAAGGACUGGCUGAUUAGUGUCUUUUUUACAAGUUUGCUUGUAAAUUCAUGAGCAGGUCAAUUUUAUUAGAGCAGAGCAUUUGUUUUGAUGAAAUCCACAAAAAGCAAUGUUUAUCAAGCUGACUAUAA